AUGGCAACUCAUGGUGUAGCUCGGGUCUCUCGGCCGCGUAGUCAAGAGCAACGACGGCAAGACCUGUCCAAGAUCCAGGUGUACCGGGAUCUCGAAGCACAAAUACGCACCUGUGUUGCAUCGGAAAUCUACGACUCUCGGCUCUUCCAGCUCACCACAGACAUCCUCCAUCUAAACCCCGAGUACUACACGGUAUGGAAUAUCCGUCGCCGUUGCCUACUCUCCAGCCUACUGUCUCAAGGAGUCGACCCAUUCCUAUCUGAUGCGCCGGUGAAGCUGCCUGAUGCUUGCCAGAGUAAUAACCAAGAUCCAGACAAAUCUGUACUAGAAUUUGAGCUCACCUUUCUCAUACCGCUUCUUAAGCGGGCACCCAAGUGCUAUUGGAUCUGGGAAUACCGGCGGUGGAUUCUAACGCAAACGAACCUUCGGCUGUCUAUUCCGGCCGCACGCCAAAUCUGGGAACUAGAGCUCAGUCUUACAUCUAGCCUCCUUGGCAGGGAUCGUCGCAAUUUCCACGCUUGGGGCUACAGGAGGUUCGUCGUAGCUCAGCUUGAAAGCGACGAGCUAGGUGGGAAGAGUUUAGCUGAAGACGAAUUCGCGUACACCGAUAAGAUGAUUCGUGGCGACCUGUCAAAUUUUUCUGCUUGGCACAAUCGAGGCCAAGUUAUUUUGAGACUUGUAGAGGAGCGAGGCUUUACUGAUGAGGCACGAGCGGCUUUACUAGUAAAAGAGCUUCACAUUAUCUGGGAAGGCCUAAAUAUCGGUGCAGACGACCAAAGCUUGUGGUAUUAUCAUCGAUUCUUGAUCUCGCAAAUCACCAACAGCGGGACUAAAAAGACAAUAGCUCCAGCUUUAACUAUCGCCGAGAGGGUUACCCAUCUGAAACAUGAAAUAGCCGAGGUUGAGGAUCUUCUUGGAGACUAUGCUAACGUUGAAUUGGUUUAUGAGGCUCUAUUGGAGUACACAUUCGCGUUAGAACGUCUAGAGAAACGCAAUGCGCGUGAUGGUAGGGAGCAGGCCCGUUUGUUGACUUGGCUAGCUAAGUUGCAAGUUCUCGAUCCUAUGCGCGCAGGGAGGUGGAGGGAUAUGGAGAGGGGGAUCAGAGGUAUAUAG